AUGGCUAAGCCCGCUUACAAGUGUGCCGAAAAUAUGUUUCUGCCUAUUGUAGGCUUUGCAACAGGUUGGGGCGCUUUUGUGCUUCUUGAUCAGGGCAAUUUCCUUUCCUCCGGCUUACCGCGCUGGUUUAAGACAAACCAAUUGAAAAUGCGGCUUCAUCUCCAGAGUUUGCUUCCCGAACAUUUAGUGGAGAAGUAUGGCUAUCCCCAAUCAUUCCUGCAGGACGCGAUUUUGCGCCUCGAAAGCGAGGCCAGUUCGAAAUCCACGCCGGAUCGUGUGGGCUUUCAGGAGAUUCUCAGCCAAUGUGGCGUACGGCAGCAGAUACUAUAUCUGGAGGAACACGCGACGGAGGACAUCCCGUACUUUUACAUCGCGGAUGUCUUCCAUGCCUGGGCGACACUUCACCAGCCCGUCUUCCUGCACUCCCCCUCGCAUUUCAAUGGCCCAACGGAGAACCCUCCACGCGACCCCCCGGGCCUUUCUUCCACCUCGCGCGAGGCGGCGGAGUUUGAGUCCCGCCGAUUGUGUGAGGCCGUGUGGGGGAAAAUCCAGGAUGGCGUUCUUCCCUUCGACGUCGGCGUCCGCGUGCUCGGCGUGCUCGCGGUGAGGAGCCCGAAUAACGCGCGGUGGAUGCUCCACCACGGCCUGCUGGGCGACCUCCUGAAGGGCUAUGAGGGCUAUCAACAACGCCUCGCGGCGGGCAGGGAGGGGAGCGUCGGGCCCGUGAGCCCCGCCCACGAGGUCGCCGCGGCGAUGGCGGCCUUGAUGAAGGCCUUCCACGACGCCUGCGGGUCUUUUCGAUGGGGGUUUAUCCCUCAGAGCGCCUUCCCUCUCGCGCGGCGCGUGGAUGGGGAGUUGUGGUGUAGGGUUUUUUACCCGACAUACCAUACGCCGGCGCUCACGGACGCGGUUGGGCCCGGCCUCCGCUUCGUCGGCGCGAUGUGCGAGCAGCUGAGGUGCUCCGAGAGGAUUCCCUUGGAGGGAAGUGGCGCGAGAUCGUAA